AUGGCGACUCAGGCGAGGACCUACAAUGACGCCAUCGACGCCCUAAACUCUCUGCAAACCCCCUUCGCCGUCCUCGAGGCGCGCCGCAAGGCCGGCAUCCGCCCGGAUGAGGCCUCCAUCCGGGAGAUGCGAGCGUACCUCGCCCGCAUCGGCUACACCUCCCAAGACCUCGACCGGCUCAACGUGAUCCACGUCGCCGGCACCAAGGGCAAGGGCAGCACCUGCGCCUUCGCCGACUCCAUCCUCGCGCACUACCGCCGCGCCCACGGCCGGCCCAGCCGCGUCGGGCUCUUCAUCUCGCCGCACCUCAUCGCCGUCCGCGAGCGCAUCCGCAUCGACUCUGUGCCCAUCUCCGAGGCCCUCUUCGCGCGCUACUUCUUCGAGGUCUGGGACCGCCUCGAGGCCGGCACGGGGGGCGACGCCGGCGCCGCGCCCCUCGGCACCAAGCCCAUCUACGCGCGCUACCUGACGCUCAUGUCCUUCCACGUCUUCCUGUCCGAGGGCGUCGACGCCGCCGUCUACGAGACGGGCAUCGGCGGCGAGUACGACGCGACCAACAUCGUCGACCGCCCCCUGGCCACGGGCAUCUCGGCGCUGGGCAUCGACCACGUCUUCGCGCUCGGCGGCACCGUCGACAAGAUCGCCUGGCACAAGGCCGGCAUCAUGAAGCCCGGCGCCGCCGCCUUCACCGUCGAGCAGGUCCCCGACGCGGCGCCCGUGCUGGCGCGCCGCGCGGCGGACAAGGGCGUCGCCCUGCGGGGGCUCGACGUGGACCCGCGCCUGAAGGGGGUCGCGAUCCGGCCCGACGCGCUGUUCCAGAGGCGCAACGCCACGCUGGCCGUCGCGCUGGCCGAGGCGGCGCUGCUCCGCAUCGACCCGGCGUUCCGGGUGGACCCGCACAGGCUGCCGAGGGAGUUUGUCGACGGGCUCGAGCGCGUGGUGUGGAGGGGCCGGUGCGAGGUCAAGAGGGAGGGCGACGUCCUCUGGCACCUCGACGGGGCGCACACGGUCGACAGCCUCAAGAUGGCUUCGCGCUGGUUCGUGGGCGAGUGCGACGGCAGGUCGGGGCCCAAGGUCAUGAUCUUCAACCAGCAGGGCCGGUCCGAGGCCGUCGACUUUCUCGACGGCUUGUACGGCGCGACAAAGUCGGCCAACGACGGCCGCUCCUUUGAGCAUGUCAUCUUUUGCACCAACGUGACUUAUGCCCAGACUGGGUACAAGAGGGACUUUGUCAACCACCAGUACGACCCGGAGGCUAUCGCAAAGCUGACUACCCAGCACGCCUUCGCCGAGAGGUGGUCUUCCCUGGACCCCGAGGCAAAGGUCUCGGUCGUCCCGAGCAUCGAGGAAGCCAUCAACCAGGCACGGGCGCUGGCAUCGGACCUCAAGGCGGGCGAGGCCGUGCAGGCUCUCGUGACGGGGAGCUUGCAUCUCGUCGGCGGAGCGCUGGAGAUUCUGGAGGGUGCUGAUGCCUUGUAG